AUGACAAUAAUGGCACAUGAGUCUCAGCAAAACGUUGCAGACAUAAAACGGAAAUCAUUAGUGGAAGAUGUUUGUUUGCUCUGUGGUAAGGGGUUCUAUCCGUCUAGAUGUAAUAAGCAUCGACUGUUUCAAGGACAGAAGUCUAAAAACAAAGCGGAGUACACAGUUUUGUUGGAGGAAUUUGUUGGCAAACUUCACGACACGACACUUGCCGUCUGCAGCCAAUGCAGAUCUCUCCUUUUGAGGUAUGAUCGUGUAACCAAAGACGUAGAAAGAACGAAAUUGCUUAUUAAGGAUAUGUGGAUGAAGACCAGAGAGAAACGCUGUGCGGCUGCAACGCCUACACUAGAGGUGAAGAGACGACGAGAACUGAUCGACACACCACCAUGCGGUGAUAAUGAUAACAAUACUGCAUCCACCUCGAUACAGUCCACAAUUACCGGAGUCAUUACUGCUGCUAAGGAGAAACUCACAACUGCACUAAAAACAUUGCAGGAGAAGUGGAGAAUAUAUCAGGAGUUUCAACAGACAUUGCAUCAAACAGCAGAACAUAUUAAGUUUCAGGCUCAACACACAGAGACACAGAUUAAGGAGGCAUUUGUUAAACUUCACCAGAUUUUAUGUAAUGAAGAGGCAACAAGGAUUAAAGCACUUAGAGGUGAAAGAGAGGAAAAAAGUAAUAUGGUGAAGAAGAAGAUGGAGAAAAUAAACAAAGAGAUUUCUUGCCUUUCGGACACAAUCAGAGCCAUAGAGGAGGAGAUAAUAGCUGAAGAUGUUUUAUUCCUACAAAACUAUGAGGCUACUGUGAAAAGAGCCCAGUGUAGACUGCUGGAUCCAGAGAACUUUUCAGGAGUGCUGAUCAAUGUGCCAAAACACCUGAGCAAUCUGAAGUUUUCUGUGUUGCAGAAGAUGAAGGGAAGUUUUGAAUACACUCCUGUGACUUUGGACCCCAACACUGCUCAUUGUAAUCUUAUCCUAACUGAAGAUCUGACCAGUGUGAGAUAUAGUGAUGAGGAACAGACACUUCCUGAUAGUCCAGAGAGAUUUGAUAUGUUUGCAUGUGUUCUGGGCUCAGAGGGCUUUGACUCAGGGACUCACUGCUGGGACGUUGAGGUCGGAGACAGUACAGGCUGGUUUCUCGGUGUGAUGACAGAAUCUGCUCCAAGGAGGAAUAAAAUAUUCUCCAGGAGUGGAAUAUGGCUUGUGGGGCAUUUCUGUGGUGAAUAUAAGGCACAUAUUCCACCACAGUCACCAUCUCUUAUCUCAGUGAAUGAGAAACUUCAGAGGAUCAGAGUUCAGCUGGACUGGGACAGUGGAAAGCUGUCAUUCUCUGACCCUCUCACUAACACACACAUACACUCUUUUAAAUGCACCUUUACUGAGAGAGUCUUUCCAUUUUUUGGCAUUGGCUGUAACAUUUCUCCUCUGCUGAUCUUGCCUGUAAAUUCCUCUUUAAACAAGGCUUAGUUAGAAUUCAAUGAGAGAUUAAAUUGUGUGUAAUAGUUGAGAAUCUCCGUAGAUCACUGGUUUUCUGAAUCUUAACAUAAAGUUACAGAAAAGGUUUGUUUUCGUUUAACACUCUUUUGCUCCGCUGGCUAAGAUGUACAUUCUUAAUGAUGUUCUCGGGGCAAACACUGCCACUUAACGCUGAUACUACUAAAAUACACACAUAGUUUUUAAUAUUACUAAACCUCUUUCACCCAUUCACUGAUAAUAUCUCCCUCCAUUUUUGCAAUCAAAUAUAUUUUGCGAUAGCAUACUGCUUCAAAAUUUGACGCAUCAUGAUUGGCUCAUUUCUAAAUGGUACACCUCAUUCUAAACUUAUCUCUUGCUAGAUGAGUAUUUGCUGGUGUCUUAGUUAGGGAUAGGGUUAGGAUAUAUGUGGUACUGCUGUUUUUUUGUGUUUUUUUUUAACACUGCUGGGAAGAGGAGACCAGAAUCAAUCUCCACAUCACUGCGUUUCUACUUAGAUAAAACAUAAUUAACUAAGCACCUUUUCAUAUCCAUGUAUCUAUCUCUACAUAGUCUCUGUUUAUUGAGGCUAGAUGUGUAACCUAUGCUGUGUUAUUAAUAACAAAUAGAAGAUAAUGUGUAAUCUCUCUAGAGGCACAAUACUUUUCUUUUUAAUAUUGUUUCUCACAGUGUACAGUUAAGUCACAACACUAAAAGUAAGUCUGAGUGUGAUAAAUGUGUGAGUAAAAAAAACUUCAAUAUACACUAACUGAACACUUUAUUAGGAACAUUGGUCUUAAUAAAGUGCCCGACGUGGUCUCCUGUUGUAGCCCAUCAGCCUCAAGUUUCGACUUGUGUAUUCUGAGAUGCUAUUCUGCUCACUACAAUUGUACAGAGUGGUUAUCUGAGUUACCGUAGCCUUUCUGUCAGCUCGAACCAGUCUGUCCGUUCUUCGUUGACCUCUCUCAAUCAACAAAAGCAUUUUUGUCUGCAGAACUGCCACUCACUGGAUGUUUUUUUUUGUUUUUGACACCAUACUGAGUAAAAUCUAGAGACUGUUGUAUGUGAAAAUCCCAGGAGAUCAGCAGUUACAGAAAUACUCAAACCAGUCCAUCUAGCACCAACAAUUAUGCCACUGUCGAAAUCGCUGAGACUCAUUUUUCCCCCAUUCUGAUGGUUGAUGUGAACAUUAACUGAAGCCCUUUACCCAUAUCUGCUUGAUUUUAUGCAUUGCACUGCUGCCACAUGAUUGGCUAAUUAGAUGAUCACAUGAAUAAGUAAGUGCUCAGUGAGUGUAGAGUAUUGAUUACAAUGCUGUAAUAUUGAUUCCUGUGCAUGUUGAAUAUAUUGUCUCAACCAGCUGCAUAAUCCCAUUUGUAAGAAAAAACGUAAUCUGUAUCUUAAAUUUAUCAACACAGUAUAAAUAUAUUAACACCUUACCCAGAUGUUUUCUUGUAAAAAAACACUCACAAUGUUACAGUGAACCCAGAGGAACAGUGAACACCCUUAGGUCAGUUUUUAUGUAUAGAUUUAUUAAUUUAAUAUUUUCUCUGCUCUUGGUUAUGGUACGUGCAUGUGUGCAUAUGAUCAGGCUAUGUCUCAAGUUUAGAUUUUACUGAAUCAAAUGCAUUAUGACAAUGAUCAACAUCAUUACGAUUAAAAAUUGUUACUGAUUAAAGAGAUCACCCAUAAAAUGAAAAUGCUAUCAUUUACUCACCUGCAUGUAUGAUUUCCUUUUGUUCUGUGUAACACAAAAUAUGCUGAGACAUUAGUCUAACAAAAUGUUCAGUUUCAGUCACUGUUCACUUUCAUUGUAUGGAAAAAAACAUGCAAUGAAAGUGAAUGGUGACUGAG